CUCUCCCGCCUGCGGAUCGUCCGAGGCCUGGUGGGUGGAUGCGUAUGACUUCCCCUUUGCCCCGCGGCUGGGGUCCUGGGUCAUAAUCUUGCUUCGUGGGUGUGCUGCUUUAUAACACUGUCACGCGCUGUAUUGUACGAAACACAAGAGGUGCAACGCAGACUUGGUUGACUGCUGGAUCUUUUGUUCUAACGCACACUUCACCAUGACAACACCGUCAACAUACACGAAUCCUACGGGAGAAGCACAGGAGCCAGAGGAGAAGGAUACCGCAUCCUACCAGCAGAGCCAAGAUGCCGAUACCUUCACCACGGAUGUCGAGAAAGGCGUUCACAGCCAAGCACUGUCAACUCACACAGACGAACGCGCGUUAAGCGCCGAUGCACCAGCUCAAGAUCCAAAUGUUGUUGACUGGGACGGCCCUGAUGAUCCUGCGAACCCCCUGAACUGGCCCGCGAAGAAGAAAUGGUCCAUCAUCGCUGCUCUGGGCGCCGUUACGUUCAUCACUCCACUCGCAUCAUCGUUCUUCGCGCCCGGUGUGCCGCAGGUCAUGAAGGCAUUUGAGGAGCCGUCGAACCUGAUGGCGACGUUUGUCGUAUCGGUGUACCUCCUCGGUUUCGCUAUUGGCCCACUUGUCAUUGCGCCCAUGUCCGAGAUGUAUGGACGCAUGCUCGUCUACAAUAUCUGCAAUGUGUUCUUCGUCAUCUUCAACAUUGGCUGCGCCCUCUCAAACUCCAUGGGCAUGCUCAUCGCAUUCCGGCUCCUCGCUGGAUGCGCGGGUGCGUCUCCCCUGACGCUCGGAGGUGGCACGAUUGCAGACAUGUUUCCGCCCCAGCAGCGUGCCGGCGCCAUGGCCAUCUAUUCCAUGGGGCCUCUGCUCGGACCCAUUAUCGGACCCGUGUGCGGUGGUUUCCUUGUGGAGAGCCUUUCGUGGCGCUGGGUGUUCUACCUGCUUGCCAUCUUCGGCGGCGUGUUCGGUGUCUCGCUCGCGUUCUUCGGGCGCGAGACGUUCCACCAGACCAUCCUCGCGCAGAAGACUGCGCGUCUGCGCAAGGAGACUGGCAACAUGGAACUCCGCUCUAAACUCGACAGCGGGCUCCCGCCCAAGGAGGUCUUUGCCCGCGCCAUCGCUCGUCCGAUGAAGAUGCUCUUCCUCUCGCCCAUUGUAUUCCUCAUGUCGCUAUACAUCUCCAUCAACUACGGCAUCUUGUAUCUGUUCUUCACGACCAUGACGUUCGUCUUUGAGGGCCAGUACCAUUUCUCCUCCGGCGCCGUCGGCCUCUCGUACCUCGGUAUGGGUGUUGGCAUGAUCCUCGGCAUGGGCAUACUGGGUUCAAUGUCAGACAAGAAUAUCAAGAAGCACCAAGCCAAAGGCAACGCGAAGCCCGAGCACCGCCUGCCCAUGUUCCUCACUGUCCCUGGUGCUGUUUGCUUGCCGCUGGGUAUCUUCUUGUACGGCUGGACAACGUACUACGGCGUGCACUGGAUCGUCCCCAUCAUCGGCACAGCAUUCAUUGGCGUCGGCAAUCUGACCGCCAUGAUGACUAUCCAGACCUACCUCGUCGACGCAUUCACCGUGCACGCCGCGUCCGCCAUCGCCGCCAACACGGUGCUCAGAUCCGUCUUCGGCGCCGUGCUGCCCCUUGCCGGCCUCGACAUGUACGACAAGCUGGGACUGGGUUGGGGCAACUCGCUGCUCGGCUUUGUAGCGUUGGCUUUUAUUCCCGUGCCGGUGUUCUUCAGGCUGUAUGGCGAGAGAAUCAGAACGAACCCCAAGUUCCAGGUCCAGUUUUAAGAUUGCGAGAUUACGGAAGCAUACGGCUGAGUGUUUCGGCUGAUAGAGCGUGUCAUUGG